CGGGGCUGGAUAAUUGAAGUUCCUCUUUCUCUCUUGCUUCCCCCCUCCCUUCUCCAGUUCCUCUUUUAAGUCCUCCACUAGAGAAAACAAACUCAGUCCGCAAAACAAGCCGAGUGUGCAUUUGAGAAAAAGAAGACAAAGCACUGGCGGAGGGAGGCGGAGGAGCUGGAGUCGCAAAGCAGGACUGUGCAUAUAAGCGGCCUUUCUCUUCCCUCUGGCAUGGCUCUUUGGCUUUGGACUCUCCUGGUUUUCCUCAGGGCACAAGAUGCAGGAGCCCAAGAUCCAUUUGGCUUCAAGGCCUGUAAGAAGGCUCCCGAAGAGAAAGUUCUGGAGGUGUUGCCAGGUGGUGGCUGGGACAACUUGCGCAACAUGGAGAUGGGAAUGGUGAUGAGCCUCAACUAUUCCCAGUGCCGAACCACAGAAGAUGGUGAAUACCUCAUUCCCAAUGAUGUCUUUGUGGUGCCUCUCAAGAAGAGCAUAGUGAAAAUUCACUCUGAGAUCAUUAAGGACUGGCUAAACUACACAGAUGCCUUUGCCCAAUCCAUCAACGCUGAGGUUUCCUUCCUUCCUGUGCUUAAUGGCAAGUUCUCUGCUGGCUCCCAGGAGACUAAGAUGCACAACAUCUAUGAUGAGACGGUCACCACUCGGGUGCAGGCACGGUAUCACAUCUACUCUGUGAAAGCUGUGCCGUCCUUCACCUUCCACAAGGAGUUCCGCCAUCAGCUUGUGAAGAUAGGUAACUACCUAGAAAACAACCAAAGCCGGUUUGCUGACUAUCUUGCAGAGAUGCUGGUUCUCAACUAUGGCACGCAUGUCCUCACGAGUUUGGAGGCUGGAGCCAGCCUAAUACAGGAGGACCAGGUGAAGCGUAGUUUUUUGUUAGAAAAGGCCUCAGAAAAAGCAGGCAUCACUGCCUCAGCGUCAGCCACUUUUUUCAGCAAGAUCAACCUGGGAAUGAGUUUCUCUAUGCAGGUCUGGGAUGACCUGACUAAGAGCUACCUGGAAAACACAGUGGAUUCCAAGAUUGAAGGCUGGGGCAGUGUGCCCUUCUACCCUGGCAUCACUCUUCAGAAGUGGCAGGAAGGCAUCCCUAACAGGUUAGUGGCUAUAGGCAAGUCUGGCUUGCCUCUGCCAUUUUUCAUCACUCCCGAGACCUUGCCAGAAUUGCCCAACCCCACCGUUUGGCGAGUGGCUGCUGCCGUGAAAAAGGCCAUCCGCCUCUACUAUGCUGUCAACACCCACCCAGGCUGCGUCAAGCCCGAUUCCCAUAACUUCAACUUCCAGGCCAAUGUAGAUGAUGGGUCGUGUCAAAACCCCAACACUAACUUCACCUUUGGGGGAGUCUUCCAGGAGUGCCACGGUGUGUCUGGCAGGAACACCGAGAAGCUUUGCCAGACCUAUCGUAUCCAGAACCCAUUGACCGGCAGCUACUCUUGCCCAGCCAACUUCUCUGCUGUCCUUCUGCAUGGAGAGCAACGCACUGCCAGCAAGCCCACGACAGAGUGUCACAAGGAGUGCCAUUCCUGCUACCUUUUUUUUUCUUGCUGCGAUACUGUGUGUGGCAUCCGUUACUACCCCAGCACAGUGAAGUUUAACACCUACUGGUGUGCUGCUUUAGGCCCAGUUCCCCAGGACUCAGGUUUCCUCUUUGGAGGACUUUACACCACUGGGAACGAGAACCCAGUUACCAGAACCUGUGCCUGUCCAGCCUACUUCUUCCCACUGGUGCUGUUUGAUAAUCUAAAAGUGUGUGUCAGCAGCGACUAUGAGAUGGGGUCCCGUUUUGCAGUGCCUUUUGGGGGCUUCUUUAGCUGCCAGUCUGGUAACCCUUUGGCUGGGCUACUGAAGGGACAGAGCCCCGGGAUCUUACAAGAUGUUUUCUACCAGGACUCACCUACCAAAUACCCCAUGAAAUGCCCAGCUGGACAUAGCCAACAUAAGGCCUAUUUGAGUGACGGCUGUCAAAUCCUCUAUUGCUUGCAGGCUGGCACGCUUUUUGCCCAGCAGUUAGCCCCGAUCAAACUCCCACCCUUCUUGCGGUCACCAUCCCCAAACGCCAGCAUUCCUGAAACCAUCUUGGUGCAGUCCGAUGGUAGUCAAGUCUGGGUGAAGACACGUGAAAGCGGGAGCUGGAGGUUGGCCAAUGCCACAGACAGGAAGGAUCUGGCUCUUCUUUUUAAGGGACAAUUUAGUUCAACACUAUCAGGGGGCUCUAUCGCUGGAAUCUCAAUAGCAGUGAUUGCUACGCUGGCAAUUACCAUGGCUAUCGCAGUUUGCAAAAUCAGGCGCUUUAGGAACAGAGGAUACCAGGAAGUGCCCAAUGGAUGUCUAGUAGAGGAUGAAGAAAACUAUGGAUCCACAGCAACUCCUGCAGAACUCAAUGCUGCCUGAGAGAGUUUUUUACCUGGACCCCAGAGCUAAGAUGCAUAUUGAGUAUGCACCUAAGAGGAGGAUCAGAAUAAUAAUUGGGGGGGGGAAUCUACUCUGGUAUUUCCUAGUAUUGAAUCUGUGUUUAUGAAAAUAUUUUUGUCCAGAAUGGGAAUAACCAUCUUUAAGAGGAAGCAGUUUGCGUAUGAUAGAGUGAACACAGGUAAGAUGAACAAUUAGUGAGGAAGUGAACUAAAAGAUCUAGUUAGCUGUCAUAGUGACUAUGGGGUUAAGCUUAUACAGAAUUGAAGGGAAAAGAAUUCCAGAUCAUAGCAACGCAUAAAUGUUUAGCAAUUACAAUUGUCAAGUUGAAAAGGAAUAAGUAGUGUUGAUAUAGGGGUGGAGGGAAGGAUGUUAAACAUGGGGGAAGAGUAAUGUGUAGUUUGAAAGUAAAGCAGCUCUUGUGGCAGCAUAUCAAGAGUUAAUGUUGUGUGGCGUUGUUUUACCUUCAUUGUUGGGUGCUUCCAAACAGGGGUAUAAAUUUGCAAGCAGGUCAUUGGCAAGAGACUUCCUUUCCUUAUCAGAUUUUCCUUGGAAAGGGCAAGUCUAGAUUAAGGCAAUGGGCUGGGGAGGUUACGGGCUGGCAUUGUGAUGCCAAUAACAUCGUGUAGAUGCUACAAAAUAUGUGCAUGUAUGAGGAGCACCUAUCCCACAGCACCUAUCUGGAAGCGUUUUGUACCUUGAUUACAACCUUUACUUGAUCCUGUAAAGAAGGCCUGGGGACCCUGGGGCCUUCUAAAUAUUGUUGGACUCCAACUCCCAUUAGACCAGGAAGCACAGGCAAUGGGGAGGGAUAAUGGGAGGUAUAGUCCAAAAAACAUCUGGAGGAGCCACAGGUUCCCUAAUCCCUGCUGUCAAAAAUAAGGAAGGCAAAAUGCUGAGUAUUAUAAGACCCUUGUAAGGUUAUUGAGCUCUUUAUACAUUAGGUUGUUUCACAAUGGUGGUGAUUUUUUCUCUGUUUGACGUGGGGUUUUUUACAUGUUGAAUUUGUUUAUAUUAUUCUAUGUUUUGCUUCAGUUUUAAAACCUAUUGUAGGAUUCCUAGACUUCUAUUAUGAGGUGACUAACAAAUACACACAAACCAAACAACAUCCUUUUGGUAGCCACCAAAGCUUCUCUUCCUAAGGUAAUACAUUCCAAGCUUUUAAAAA